AUGGGAGGUUGUUUAUAUCGUGAGUCAAAGGAUCAAUAUCAUUAUAACACUGAAGACAUAUUGUUAAAAUAGAAGUUAACGCAUGAUCGAUUGUAGAACCUUCUGAAAUUACGUGAGGAUAGGGAGUAAAUGUAAUAAAGAUAUUAAAAGAAUAUUGAAGAAGGUGAGAAAAUGAAAUAGCCUAAAAAACUAAAUCAAUCAUCAAUAGAAUAGAGUGGAUUUGAUAUCAGUCUUAGCAAAAACCAUUAGAAUUUACAUUAUAUAGAAGAAGCUGAAGACGAAUCAAGUUUUAUUGAAUAACAAAAACCAUAGACUUUAUAAAAAUUACCUGAUGAAGAUAAUUAUGAUGAAGGAGGAGAAUUGCUUUUAUAAUUGGCCUCAUCCUAACAAUUAAAUGCAAAUAAAGCAGAUAAUAUAAGAGAUUAAUUAUAAGGAAGAUAGAGUAAUGAAAUGGAUGAUGAGAUAUUGCAAUACUUUAAUACUACUAAGGCCAAUUAUGAUAGUAGAGUAGAUGCUUGA